GGUAUUAUUAUGAUUCAUUUCAUUUGAUCAUUCCCUGCUUUUAGCAAGGAGGAGCUGGAUGAGAAAAGUUUCUGGCUGGCACCCGUUAUUACAUGAGGAUGAAUCGGGUUUUUCUUCUUAAACAGAGGCCCAUGAAUGAUUAAAAAAACAAAAAACUUUUGAACGGUUCAGAUCUCUCCAAUUUCCCUCCCCUACAUAUUUUAAGUAUUUGUAAACUGUUUCUUGGCCACACUAAUUCAGUCACUUCAAUUCUCUGCCUUCCGUUGCCGAACGCGACAAGAAGUCCCCAAAAAACACCGCAAAAAAGAUAAAAUAGGAUUAGGAGGCAAAGAAAGCGAACAAAAUAGAGGAGGAGAAGCACAAGGAAGAGCGCCACAGCUCCGCCACUGUGGUUGUGGUGGCUUUGUUUUCCUAAACGAACCCAAUUUGAGGGAAAACACAGCAAAGGGAUAAACAUAAACACCCCCCCAGAAAGCCAAACUCGCUGCAUCCGCGGGAGUGCGAGCCUGCAGAUCCGACCUGCAUUUUGCUUCUCAGGUUAGCUCCCCCAAUCCCCUUCUGCAACUUUUGCUCAGUUUCGGUUCUGGGUCUUGCUUAUUUUCUCGUUUCUGGAUCUGGGUAGCUUCUUGUUCCUCAGAUUCUUCCCGCAAAAUUCUUGUCGAGCUGAACUAACGCAUUGUGUAUUUUUUUUUUCCGGCUUCUCGUUGAGCUGGAGAGAAAAUCGCUUGAUGUCAAUUUAGGGGUGGAAGCCGAUUCUUAUUGCCACAUUGUCCGAUUUGUUUGUCUGUUUGAUGGGAUAGAAUGUAGAGGAUCUUGUUUCGUUUCUGUCUCUGAUGACUUUUCAAAAUUCGGCGUCAUGGUAAAUUCAGCUUUGUGUGGAUGUAGUCAGUAGUUGUAGAGUUGAAUUAUGGCUGCUUCUUUCCUCAUCCAGUGGGUCCCGCAUAAAGUAGAUGCUCGUUGAUUGUUCUCUCUAGUCCAUUCCGUCAUGGAAAUAUCUGAUAACGACGUGAAUUGGACGGUUGUUGGUUAUCAUCAUCUAUAGAUCUUCUACACCAAAUGCACAAAAGCAAGAAACGAUUUCCAUGGAACCCAUUUGGUCAAUUACUUAAUUGUUGCACCUUUUCAAGAUUGAUCUGUUGGAUUGACAUUUAGGUAUGUCUUCUCUUUUGUGUAAUGCCUCUUUCUCCAGCUGAGCUAGAUUAGGGGCUCAAGAUGGUGGCACAGGGGUUCGUAGUUGAUCUCAAUAAACCACUUGUCUUCCAGGUUGGUCAUCUGGGUGAGGCAUAUGAUGAAUGGGUUCACCAGCCUAUUGUCAGCAGAGAGGGUCCUAGGUUCUUUGCAAAUGAUGUUAUGGAGGCCUUGACUCGUACAGUUUGGUGGGUAAUUCCAACCAUCUGGAUUCCAGUUGUAUGCUAUUUCGCUGCAAUGUCUGCAAGGAUGGGCCUCGUUAUUCCUGAGGUUGUUUCGUUGUUGUUUUUGGGCGUUUUCCUAUGGACACUAGUCGAGUACACCUUGCAUCGCUUCCUUUUCCACAUUAAGACUACUUCUUACUGGGGAAAUACUGCACACUAUCUCCUUCACGGCUGCCAUCAUAAGCAUCCCAUGGACGGUUUGCGCCUCGUCUUUCCUCCCGCAGCAACAGCUAUUCUAUUAGUACCAUUCUGGAACUUUGUUAAGCUUCUGUCCACGCCUACGACUGCGCCUGCCCUUUUUGCUGGUGGUUUGCUGGGGUAUGUUAUGUACGACUGCACCCAUUACUACUUGCACCACGGGCAGCCAUCGAAUGAAGUUCCUAAGCAUCUUAAGAAAUAUCACAUGAAUCAUCACUUCAGAAUCCAACACAAGGGGUAUGGAAUCACUUCUUCCCUGUGGGACAGGGUGUUUGGAACACUUCCUCCAUCGAAAGAAGCCAAAAAGAGUAGAUAAGUUUUGAAAUGAGAACCAGUGCAGUCCAGAGUAGAGAGUCGGGAACACACCAGCUAAUGGCGGAGGAAGGAGAAGGAAAGGGGAAGUAGUGGGUGUUUUCUCUGGAUGAUUUGGAUGCUGUGUAUUUUUCCCGUUGUCCCUAGACCAUAUAAAAUAUCAAUAUUCAUUCUUGUGCUGCCUGUUCAAUUGAUUGGUUUGGUUGGCAGCUUGGCAACUUUGAAAAUAUGGGUUUGGGGACAACUUUGUAGCCUUUUGGUUUUUGUACCUUUGGUAAGUGGGUUUUGCUUGAGCAUCUCUGAGUUCGAUUCUCUGUAACGAGAGAAACAAAAUAGAAUAGAAAAACAACAAAAGACCGUUAUUGUUUGUUAUUGUUUGUAUUCAGCGAUAGAACAAUAGCAUCGGUGAGAUGAUGUCACCUUCUGGAUCUCUCAGCGAGUUGAGAUGGAGAAGAAAGGAGAAAUCGAGAAGCAGGAGAAGAGAAUCAGAGAGCUUGAAAGAGAGAUACAGAGAGAAAGGGGAGGAAAAGUUUGUUAUUCUUUAUAUCGAUGGGUGUAACAGAAUACAAUGGCUUUCUUAAGUAGGCUGGUCUACUCUCGUCAGGGUGAAUGGUGGAACUCUGAGGUAGCUGAAGCUUGUAGGCCACCAAUCCCAUCUUCUGCACAAUCAAGAAAGGCCUAAAGAACUUGAGUGCUAGUUUUUUAUUAGCCCAUCAACUCCACUAAUUGCUGCUUGUAAGGUCACAAUUUCACAUAAACCCAAUCCCAUACUUGGAAUUCCAUCUCAGUUCUAUGCUUGUCAGCCAUAUGCUUUUGUCGAUUUUGAGCCAUAGCAAGGUUAUGUCUGAGUAAUCCCACCAGCCUAUGAACAAUGCAUCCCUGCCUGAAAUAAUCGUGUGAGGCAUCCCAUGAAGUUUAAAGAUUAACACAUGUGCCACUGUUGCUGUUGAAAAUGGGUGUUUUUCCCCAAAUACAACAAUAAUUAAAAAAAUUUCUAAACUACAACACUUGUAAAAUCCCCCCCCCCCCCCCCCCCCCCCCAAAAAAAAAUACCUGAGUUUAGGGUGGUUCGAGUUCAAAGGGCUCGAACGAUUAGUGGGAUCGAGUUAGAGAGCCUCAAUUUACUUUCUGAGGUAGUGGAUCGAGUCUGAGGGCCUCGAUCCACUGCGUUGAAAUUUCCAAUAACCUUAACUUUGUGCUCGUUAAUCCGAUCGUAGUGAAUUUUUUUUAUUCCACAUAACUUUUUGAGGACUACAAUUUUUUGUGAAUUUUUUUUUAUUCCGCAUAACUUUUCGAGGACUACAACUUUUUUUAUAGAAAUAUUUUCAGAAUGUAUGUGAAAAUGUGAAAAGUAAAGCUAAAGUUAUUCU